GGGUUGUGGCGCUCAUCUCGCUUUAUUGGCCGAGGGAGCCGGCGUACAGCUUCCGGGUCAUGUGGCCAGCAUGACUAAGCAGCUUCUGGUGAACCAGAGCAGCGCACGGAAACGGCGUUUACCUUCCCGCCGGAGGGGUACCUAUUUAUCUACUUGCACUUUGACAUGCUUUCGAACUGCUAGGUUGGCAGGAGCAGGGACCGAGCAACGGGAGCUCACCCCAUCGUGGGGAUUCGAACCACCGACCUUCUGAUCGGAAAGUCCUAGGCUCAGUGGUUUAACCCACAGCGCCACCCGCGUCACUCAAGCUUUUUAUACAGGAGCUUUUAAUACAGGAUGGCAAAUACGACCUGGUAGGCAAUACUGAAACCUGGUGGGAUGAGACUCAUGACUGAAAUGUAGGAAUUGAGGGAUAUAAUUUGUUCAAAAGGAAUAGAUCAAACAGGAAGGGAGGAGGAGUAGCAUUGUAUAUAAAGGAUGUGUACACUUGUGAAGAAAUCCAUGACCUGGAGCAUGAAAAGCAGAUUGAGAACAUACGGGUAAAAAUUGUAGGAAAAGGCCCUCUCUCUGGCAGGCACCUGGCUUAGCUCAGAUGAUGGGCACACCCCUUUGAAGUGUGAACAUUUAUAUUAAAAAAGCACCAUAAUUAGAGUAAAGUGUUACCUCAGUUUAAGAACAGUCCUGUUUAGGAACGAUUCGGUUUACGAACUCUGCAAAACCAGAAGUAGUGUCUUGGUUUGCGAACUUUACCUAAGUCUAAGAACGGAAUCUAAACAGUGGAAGGGCACUGGCAGCAGGAGGCCUCAUUAGGAAAAGUGUGCCACGCUUUAAGAACGGACUUCCUGAAUGGAUUAAGUUCAUAAACCGAGGUACCACUGUAAUGGCAUUUUAGGAUCUGAUCAGCUUUUGAAUUAAAUACUCUUUUCUUUCAGCUGAAAGGGUGCCCCAUCCAGAGGGCCCAGGCUUCUUUGUCAAUAUUUGUGGUAGAUUAAUAAUCAACAGAUAAAUUCCCAUAGCUUUCUUUGCUGUUGAUCUAAAUAGCACUUUGUCCUUCCUAAUCAGGUAACUUAUAUGCCAAGUCCCGCUAAAUAGUCUACCCACUUCAGCUGUACAAUGGCUAAAGUUUCCUCAGGUGUGGCCUUGCUUUUACUAGUGUACUCCCUCUACAGCAGCCUACCAAGUUCAUUGUCAGUUUUUUUGAGGAAAGACGAGGCAAGCCAAAUCCUGAGAAUUCAUAAACGUGCCAACCAUUUUUUGGAGGAGGUUCGCCAAGGAAAUAUGGAAAGAGAAUGCAAUGAAGAAAGGUGUUCGUUUGAAGAGGCAAGAGAGAUUUUCAAAUCAGAGGAGAAAACGGUGGAGUUUUGGUUCAUGUACAACAAUUUGGACACUUGUAAAGAGAAUCCUUGUAAGAAUGGUGGCAUCUGCAAGGUUAAACGCUAUAUAACUGUUUGCACUUGUCCUCCCAGAUUUGGAGGGAGCCACUGCGAAAUAGAGAAAUCUGAAUGCUGGUACAAGAAUGGUGGCUGCUGGCAAUAUUGCCAGGACAAUGAACGUUCGCUUCAAGUGACCUGUUCCUGUGCGUUGGGAUAUACGCUAAGUGAAGAUGGAGAGAGGUGCACACCGUCAGAUCGCUUUCCCUGUGGACUGGUUAAGAGAUCAACACGCUCUAACAAGGAAGGAUCAGAAGAGUACAACCAAACUAAUGCUUGGGAUAUGACUGGGACGGAUACAAGAGUUGCUCAGGAGAACGUGGCCCACUGGAAUCAGUCAUUGGCUCACAACUCCUCAGAAAGCCUGAAUGACACGAUGGAGGGAGAGGCUGAGGAAGAAGGCACUGAAGAGAUGAAAGGAAACUUCACAGACUCCUUCAGCUGGCUCAACUUCAAUGACACUGCUGAAAUGGAUGGUUCCAGGGUAGUUGGAGGCUCGUUCUGCCGCCCAGGAGGCUGUCCCUGGCAGGUACUGCUCCAAAAUAAGAGAGGUUACGGUUUUUGUGGUGGCAGCUUAAUCAGCAGUCGGUGGGUGCUCACUGCAGCACACUGCCUGGAUACCGUUAUCCCACAUCAAGUUACUGUAGGAGAUUUUGACAAACAUCAGCGAGAACAGCAUGAACAAAAGGUGGGAGUUCGACAGUACUGGAAACAUCCUCAGUAUGACUCUACCAACUUCAACAAUGAUAUUGCGUUGAUCCAGCUGACCAGCAGUGUGGUUUUCAGCGAGCACGUACUCCCCAUCUGCCUUCCCAACCCUCAGCUAACUACUUUACUGAUUGGAGAGGGGGCAUCAGGAAUGGUUAGUGGAUGGGGUGCUACACAUAGCAAGGGUAAGUCAACUCGCUUCCUCAUGAAAGUCAGCUUGCCUAUUGUGAGCGCAGACACUUGCCGGCCGUCAACCGAGAAGCUCAUCACUGACAACAUGUUUUGUGCAGGCUAUGCUGAAGAAGCACAAGAUGCUUGUAAAGGAGACAGUGGAGGACCUUUUGCUGUAGCUUAUCGCAGCACCUGGUAUCUCCUGGGGGUUGUCAGCUGGGGGGAAGGCUGCGCCGAAGUGGGAAAAUAUGGGGCUUACACACGAGUAUCCAACUACAUUUCAUGGAUAAAAGAAACCAUUGAAAGCACGACUGAGUCAGAAGGACUUUCACGUUCUCUGUAACGGAAGCAAUUUUUUAGUAUACUCUCUGCACAUUUUGACAAUUAUUUGCAAGUACUUGUGUACACAGUUAACACUGCAGGACCGCUUCCUCAGCUGCUCUUGAAAGUUGCUCCAGUAUCCAGAAAUAUGAGGCAUGGGAGAAUUUACACACACAUCUUCAGCUGGGAAUAACUUUAUUUUAAUAACUUUUUUAAAAUGAAGAUUUUGUAGUCAAUUUCCUUUGAGUAAUAGUGUGUAGUAAGUUUGGUUCACUGUUCUACACACACACAUCUUGCAGUAGUCUCGUAGCAGUAACCAGGAUGUGAAAGAGGACUCAAGCAAUCAAUGUUACCUAGUCACGGCAAUUUAUUUCUCAUAAUUAUUCCAACUUAAACUUCAUUAAAUAUCUAGUCUGCAGCCCCCCACCUUGCUGAGCAUGGUGACUUAAGUAACCCCAAAUACUUUACGAAGUAACAGUCGUAUUUUUGGACUUGUUUUUGAACGUAAGAAUUGUAGGCAAUUGCUGUUUUGCAUGGGAAAUGUAUGUAUACUUGGUCUGUCGUGUCAGGCAUUCUCCCUGGCACCCAUUCAGAUUAAUGGCAUAAAAAAAAUCAUAAAAUUAAUUUUCAAGUGUCCAA